UUGGUAAGUACUGUAGCUUUAAAAUUUUUGCUGUAGAAAAAAUUUGUUAAUUUUUUGCUGUGCAUUUUAUUCCUGUAGAAUUUUAUGGAAAGCACUCAAAAAUUGCUUUGGAUAUUUGACUCUGCAGAACACUUGUACAGCCGUAGGUUAUUUCAAGAACUGUGGUUUCAAAAAAAAAUUUAAAGCUUGAUUGUCCUGAAUUUGGUGCUUUAAAAAUAAAUAGUACUCUGGACGGCCAACUACCGAGCACCUCUUAGAGUGUGUAAAAAAAUGUACGAAAGUUUGUUUUUCAUAAACUUAAAAGAAAGCACAAAGUACCUGAGAAAAAUACAAGCAGAAAAAAAUGACGAAUGGAGUUACUGGAAAAUGGAGCAGCGGGGUAAACAAAUACUGUACAUCAAUCAACACAACUUUCCAGCGCAAUUGCUAUUGUAAAUGCAACCGCAAACGCAAUCACUGUUACAAGCACUACUCGCAUCACCGACUGCGAUUUCACAAAACGAUAUGUGAUAAAUGGGCUAGUAUUGUUAGUUUAAUGGGCUUUUCGACACUUGCUCCGCAAGCUACUUGUCUUCGUUGAGCAGAACAGAAAAAGGAAAUUGGUAAAACCUUUAUCGUCUAUAUAAACAAUCGCAGACUCCUCUCACUCGCACCAAUCCUCAUUCUCUCUCUUUCUAUCUUUUAAAUUGUCUCUGAAGAAACAAUGGCUAUUUCCGAUGAUCUUCCUCCUCAACUUACGAAAGAUGUCAAGAGACGUAGCAGAAAAAGAAGAACCGUGAAAAGUAAAGACCUUGAAGUACUGAUCAGCGUCGCUACAAGGGCCGCUCAUAUCGCAAGAGACAAAGGGUUUCACGUCGUCUCUCCUGAAGCCAUACGAUGCGUCGAAGUUCUCAGAAUGAUGCGAAGCUUGCCGUUGACUCCUCGGGUUAUCGUCAAAACAGAUGCCUUGCGCUCUCUUCAAUUCCUCGCCACUAACGGUAACCCUAAAAUCAGAUCAGAGUCGAAGUCCCUUCUUAAUCACUUGAAGGGUGUGCUUGCGGCAAGUAGUUGAAGAAAAGGGUUUUCCUUGUACGACGAACGAACAUAAAGAGAGUAUAAAGGGUAGGGUUUAAUUUCUGAUAACAAUUUUGUUACCAAUUCUUGUAAAUCGCCAAGUAAAACGUAGAUUUCUUGUUGUCGAGUUCAAAAUUUUGAACAUGUUUGUAUCAAAUUGAUUGGUCCCUAUAACAAAGUUGCAAUGGCUAUAGUGUUUUUAAAACCGGACCUACCCGAUGGUUGGACCGGAUUCGACCGUGAACCGGUUAUAUAGCCGGGUUGGUCUAGUAAUUGGUUCGACCAUGAACCGGCCACAUAGCCGGAUUAUAUUUCAAAGUUAUUAAACCAAUAAAAACCUCUAAAACUAUCGAAAAUCUAUAAACCAUCCAUAUAAACAAGAAAUUAAUUUAUAUUUAUAAUAUUUUAUGUUCAAAAUUGAUUUAUAUUUUAACUAUGCAUCAUGUUUACUAAUAUUACUUUUAUAUUUACAUACUAAAAAAAUAUUAAACCAUAUUAUUGAACCAGGUUUGACCCGG